CCUCUGAUUAGCAGGGGAAGAGAGCGGGGGACAGAGGAUUCUGGCGGCUACCAUUACCUCCCCACCCCAGCAAUUGGAUUCCACCGGCCGGUCUUCUCCCCGCUAAAUACACCAUUAUCACCACUGCAAGCUCGAAAAGGUUCUUUAUCUUUGUUUCCGCCCAUCAUUUUAAUCGUACACUCAGUUUACUCUGGAGGAGUUGAGUUCCUCCGACGUCUUUUUUGUAUUCCUCGAAUUCUCCCCGAGGCAACAAAGGUUGUUUCACGUAUAGAGGUUGAGAGAAAAAUGGUGAACUGGGCUUGCAGCUACAGUCUCCGACCUCUCUAUCUCUCCAAAACUUGGGUUUCAUCUCCUUGUUCUCUCCACUCCGACCUUCCACCAAAUGUGAUACCCACAUGCUCUCCUCCUUCUCCUUUCUCAAUAUCCCUACGGAUGCAAGCCACAGUCGCUGCAUCGAAAGCACAGUCUGCGGAAACCCCUCCCCUUUUCCACCUCGAAUCUCUCUUGGAUAAUUCAGGAGGUGGAUGGGACGACAACAACAACAAUAACAACAACGGCAACCCUUUUGAUCCAUGGUGGAAUGGUGGCAAUGAUCAUCCUUCAAGUGGAUCCAACAACAGUCAUUCCUUCUUCUUCCUGUUAUGUUGCUGCACCGUAGCCUUAUCCUUCGUCCACUUACAGUUAGCCUCUUCCGCACUUGCUCGGGCGACUUCGGUGGACGGUGAUGAGGAUAGCGACAUACCUAAGAGCGUUUGGGAAGUUCAGGGAGGGAGGAGGAUUAGUCUCAUCCCCGAUUUCAUCAAAGAUGAGUUCUUUAUCGCUCCAUCAUCUUCCCAGCAUGACUACUACAGCUUUGGGAACCUCUGGUUCCAGUGCAAAGCUCUUCUCACCCGCCUCAUGCUUCCUGAGGGCUUCCCUCACAGUGUCACUUCUGAUUACUUGGAUUACUCCCUCUGGCGCGGCGUCCAAGGUGUUGCCAGCCAGAUAAGCGGGGUUCUUGCCACCCAGGCAUUGCUUUAUGCUAUUGGAUUGGGGAAAGGAGCCAUCCCAACUGCUGCUGCUAUCAAUUGGGUGCUCAAGGAUGGAAUUGGGUAUCUCAGCAAGAUCAUGUUGUCCAAGUUCGGGCGCCAUUUUGAUGUCAACCCCAAAGGGUGGAGGCUCUUUGCUGAUUUGUUGGAAAAUGCUGCUUUUGGUUUGGAGAUGCUAACUCCUGCUUUCCCUCAUCUCUUUGUUCUCAUUGGUGCUGUUGCUGGAGCUGGGCGGUCGGCUGCAUCACUUAUCCAGGCCUGUUCCCUACCUCUUGCUCUCUUUUUCAACUUUGCUGCUACUAGGAGUUGUUUCUAUGCUGGUUUUGCUGCUCAAAGGAACUUCGCUGAGGUGAUUGCAAAAGGCGAAGCUCAAGGAAUGGUCAGCAAAUUUAUAGGGAUAAUGAUUGGUAUAGCAAUUGCCAACCAGAUAGGCUCUUCAAUUCCCCUUGCUCUUACAACGUUUGGUGUGGUUACUGUAAUACAUAUGUUCUGCAACUUCAAGUCGUAUCAAUCCAUCCAGCUGAGGACAUUAAACCCUUAUCGUGCAAGUUUAGUGUUCAGUGAAUAUCUUCUAAGUGGGCAAGCACCUCCAAUCAAAGAGGUCAAUGAGGAAGAACCGGUAUUCUCAGCUAUACCGUUUCUCACCACGAACUCUGGUGGCAGAGUGAUUGAUUUGAUUUUCCAGGCGGUGCCGGAUGUUCUAUCUUCGGAGGCAAAGCAUGCAGCUGCUGAAAUAGUAAAACGGCUACAGUUGGGGUCUAGCCUUGGUGAUAUUGUGAACAACAAGGAUGACGCACUAGCGCUCUUCAGUUUAUAUCAGGACGAGGGGUACAUUUUGACUGAACACAAGGGAAGAUUCUGCGUAGUGCUUAAAGAGAGUUGUUCACCACUGGACAUGCUUCAGUCAGUAUUCCAGGCAAACUACCUUUACUGGCUGGAAAGAAAUGCUGGAAUGGAAGCAAGAAGCAUCUCUGCUGACUGUGAACGAGGUGGGAAGCUGCGGUUGUCCCUGGAAUACGUCCGUUGGGAAUUCGACCACGCUAGGGAAGACAGUGUUUCAGUUGGCUGGGCGGCUGAUGGACUCAUCGCAAGGCCUUUGCCUAACAGAGUCCGGCUCGAUGUCAAUGCAGCAGCUACUGCUGCGGACGAAAAAUGAAAAAAAGGGGUAAAGGGCAAAUAUCCACGGGGCUAUAAUGCUUGCUCUGAUUUUUUAGCUUUGCUCUGCGAACUCCCUGUUCUUGCUAACAGACUGAUAUCAAUGUACAGUGUAGACUGUUGAGUGCAGAAGUAAAAAUAUGUUUAACCAAGUCACCUGGAUUCUUUCAAACCGACUCUGUCCAUUGCUAGUCGAGUGAUUUGAGGAGGAAACAAAAAC